UCUCUAUCAUGUCCUGUCAUGUGACCGUGACGUCAGCAGAGUGCUGUAGUUACUGGUUGCCAUGUCGCUGUCACCGCCUCCUCCUGGGGCGGCCAAUGGCGGUGCCCGGCCGGGGAGGUGUGUGAGGGGGACAGGACUUGUCCUCCUCCUCCCUCGGGCGUCACAUCCGGUCCUGUCAUAGGACAGAACAAACAAGGACGAGCCGGGGAGCCCGGGACCCCAGAGACAGGGCAGGACACCUGUACCCCAAGACCUGUAACUGGUGGAGACAGCGCCACCUGCUGCCCGGGGGACCCCGAUAUCCGAAGGGUGCAGACAGAAAAUAAAAGCAUGCGCGCCACCUCUCCAACAUUCCUGUUUCCUCGACUCCCAUAAAGACUACGCGCAUGCGCGCCGCCUCACCAUUCAUUCUCACUAAGAAGCGAUCCUUCGGGGGGAAAUAAUGUCUUCACCGCAAAUAAGACGUCCGUGACGCCUCCAGAGUCUGCGUGGUCAGCGGAAUAUUAGGAUGUGUAAUGAUCACAGACUCAGCCUGCAAUGUCCGCCAUCAUGGUAGACACCGAUGGAGAUUUCUGCUCCCUAACCCCCUUGGAGGACGAUGACCUCGGGAGCCCGCUGUCUGGGGAGUUCCUCCAGGACAUCGGAGAGAUCCAGGACGUCUCCCAGAGCAUCGGAGAAAAUGGAUCGGCCUCGUUCGGCCCAGCCGAGUACAUGUACCUGGGCAACAGUCCUGGAUCGAACGGAUCGGUCAGCACAGACUUAACAGACACCCUGUCACCAGCAUCCAGUCCGUCCUCCAUCAACUUCCCCGCACCGGCUGGCGGCACAGAAGAUCAGUCUAACAAACAGCUGAGCCUGGAGUGUCGGGUGUGCGGGGACAAGGCGUCCGGUUUCCACUAUGGAGUCCACGCGUGUGAAGGUUGCAAGGGUUUUUUCAGAAGAACAAUACGCCUAAAGUUGGUGUACGACAGAUGUGAACGACUUUGUAAAAUCCAGAAGAAGAAUCGGAACAAGUGCCAAUAUUGCCGGUUCGAAAAGUGCCUUAGUGUAGGAAUGUCUCAUAAUGCAAUUCGCUUUGGAAGAAUGCCGCGUUCCGAGAAAGCCAAACUCACCGCCGAGGUUCUCACGUGCGAACAAGACCUAAAGGACUCUCAAAUGGCCGACCUCCUGUCUCUGGCGAAACUCAUCUACGAGGCCUAUCAGAAAAACUUUAAUAUGAACAAAGUGAAAGCUAGAGCCAUCCUCACCGGCAAAGGCAGCAGCUCACCUUUUGUUAUACACGACAUGGAAACCUUGUGUAUGGCCGAAAAGACAUUAGUAGCCAAGCUUGUGGCCAACGGUAUACAGAACAAGGAGGCGGAGGUGCGCAUCUUCCACUGCUGCCAGUGCACGUCGGUGGAGACCGUGACUGAACUUACCGAAUUUGCCAAAUCCAUACCAGGAUUUACCGAACUGGACCUGAACGACCAGGUCACCUUGUUAAAAUACGGAGUCUACGAAGCCAUGUUUGCCAUGUUGGCUUCUGUCAUGAACAAAGACGGGAUGUUGGUGGCUUACGGGAACGGUUUUAUCACCAGGGAGUUCUUGAAGAGCCUACGGAAGCCGAUCGGCGACAUGAUGGAACCUAAAUUUGAGUUUGCCAUGAAGUUCAAUUCUCUGGAACUGGACGAUAGUGAUAUAGCUCUCUUUGUUGCUGCCCUCAUUUGCUGUGGAGACCGCCCAGGACUGGUAAAUGUACCAAGUAUAGAGAAAAUGCAGGAAAACAUUGUGCACGUCCUAAAGCUUCACCUGCAGUCGAACCACCCUGACGACAACUUCCUCUUCCCCAAGCUCCUACAGAAAAUGGCCGACCUAAGGCAGCUCGUGACGGAGCACGCCCUGCUGGUCCAAACCAUUAAAAAGACUGAAACAGACGCUGCACUACAUCCGUUACUGCAGGAGAUCUACAAGGACAUGUACUGAGGCCCGGCGGCCAUGUUUUCUGGGUGUAUUCUUCCAGUUUCAAUGGGAGCAAGGCUGUAUACAGUAUACAGAGAUAUUCCCGGACACCCCAAAAAAACAAGUUUAUUUUCAAGCUUCCGUGCCUUCAACAAAUGUUUACGCCAAAGAGCGUAACACUACACCGUUCCGUCAUCAGUCUUCCUUGUUAUAUUAGUUACAAAAUGAAGAAGCGGUUUAAUAAUUUUUUUUUUUUUUUUCUGCAUUCAAUUAUUUUUGUGAGCAGAGAAACAUUGGUCAAAAAUUUCUGGAUAAUCCAGCAAUACUUUACGUAUCUCAGGUUAGGACAGACAUGAAAUCCUCUAUAGACACGGUACCAUAUCACAGCCAGGAGCAAGAUAAAGAUAAAGGAGGUACAUGGUAAAUGACAUAAAUAAAAUUUCGGAAAUUUUUGAAUCUUCCAAUACUCACUCGACUGACUAAUAGUGAAUCUAUUAUUGGUACUCACUGCCAUCCCUUUAUAUGUCACUCGCAUCACCUGACAACUUGGAUUGGACCAUUUCUGAUUUUACCAAUUGGGCAUCUAUGGCCAGAAUGUUGCUAUGGGAGAAGGUGGCACCUGAAUGCCAUGAACGACCCCGGAUUACCCCAGGCGCUCCCAUUUUGAGAUUUUUCCAGUUUCCUAACCCAAGAAAAAAAAUCUAUAUUAUUUACAAUUUAUUGUAGAUGCCGAAUACAGGAUAUUUUAUGGAAUAUAUUUGUAUGGUACUUUUUGAUGUUUUUGAAAUCCUCAAAUUAAGAAAAAAAAAAAUAUUGAAAUUAUACACUACAAAACCGACACGACGCUAACCAUGUGGUAUACUGGGUACUGGACGUUGUUGAUAAAAAAUUUUUUGGGGGAAUUUAUUUAUAAAUUCCAUUUUUUUCUUAAUUUUAAUUUUGUUCCAUUUUGACUUUUUUUUUUUUUUUUUUUUUUUACAUAUUGGUGAAAUUAUCUAGAAUUUUAAAUUCAAGUUUUAUUAACGGGCUGAUUUAACAUCUGUUGGUUACUUAGGCAUUUUAACGCUUACACAAUAAUUACCGGAAUUUUUCUAUAAAGGAACGCUGACUUUUUUUUUUUUUUUCUUAAUCGUGAAUAAUAAUGAUUAUAUUGUCAGAGUGUAAGAAUAUUUCAUGAAAAUGCACUGUUCAGAAUUUUUAGUUAUUACAUUUUUUUUUUUUCUUCCUCUCAGGGAUAUUUGGAGUUGCUUCCUUUAUAUAAGUUAACAAGCACUUUUCUUGUUUUUAUUUUUUAUUACAUAAAGCAACAAUAUAAUUUACGUUUCACGUCCAUAGAUUCUAAGUAAAGUUUACUAAACCAUAUGAACUGCUACAUGCUUGUGUCUUUUAGUUCUUCCCAAUUAGAUUCCUAGAUAUAAAAAAAAAUAUAUAAUUAUUUAGUAACAUUUUUAGGUAUGGGGGGGGGGGGGGCGUACUGUUUGUCAUUGAGGAGAUCUAGCUGUGUGUGAACCAUGGGAAAGAAAAUAUGCAAAUUAAUUCUCCUACAGAAGGAAAGCUUUCUCUCUAGUGACACCUAGGGGCAUCUACCAUGUAAGUCAGUGUCCGAUCCAUAAACAAGACUAGGGAUAUAGACAGUUGUCAGGGUUCCUGUCCCUUGUCUGUACAGAGUCAGGGUAAAGAAGAUUUAGGCCCUAUUUACAUUAUAGUUGAGCGAA